AUGACGCGAGCGUGUUUCCCGUUGCAUUACUUGAAAUUUCUGUUGGUUGUGCUGAUAUUAUUCGCAAGUACUCGUUCCGAUGGGGCUAUUUCAAUCCAAAACCUAAAAUUAACUGUAAUAACUCCUGAAAGAGAAGCGCAAAUAUCCAAGAGUCUUGCCUAUCCCGAAACAUUAUCUUCGCCUCUCAUUCUCUCUCCAGAUGAUACCUUCAAACUUUCGUUGAAUAUACAAGAAAAAGAUAGUGACAAAGCCUUUCAUCCGCACCAAGCUCUGUUGACCUUGACAGAUGAAAAAACAAGAGAGCAAUACUUGCUAGUUAUCAAAGUACGAGAAAAAGGGAAAGCAAGGGUCGAACUGGAUAUGAAAGCUGCACCAGAUGAUCUUACAUCACACUCGGGCAAUUAUUCGAUGGAAAUUAUUCUGGGAACGCCCUCACAUAGUAACCCGUUCAGAUACCGUAUUGGUACUUUAAACAUCGAAGGAACAAUCAAAUCGCCACGAAAAGCUCCAAUUGUUUAUGGUCCACGACCGGAAAUACAUCACGUAUUUCGUGAUGGUGAACGAUCGCCUUCACUAUGGAUAUCAUACACAUUCUCAAUUAUUGCCUUGACACCAUGGAUAGUAUUAGUUGGAGGGUGGAAAUAUAUUAAAGUUAAUUUAUCUCUUCUACUCAGCAAGCCGACCGAAUCACUCCCAGUAAUAGCGUUCUUGUCAUCGUUACUGGCAAUGGAAACUCUUCUAUUCGGUUACUGGAUUAGUCUUAACUUACUCCAGACAUUGCCCUGGUUGGCUGCCUCAAGUUUAGUGGCAUUCGUGACCGGACAGAGAGCUUUGACUAAAGUACAAACAUGGAGGUUGGACGGUUUGCAUUAA